UCCGCCGUGCUGACGUCAACGCGGAAGCGCCGGGCGCAGCGCUUUGUUUUGUUUUGUUUUGGUGCAUUAUUAAGUUGUCACUUUGGAGGCUUUUCGCUAUGAGGCGGCGGCGGCGGACUGUCGUCGCACGCUACAAAUGGGUCAAGACGGCCCGCCAGCCCGGUGAUGGUAGAUAACGGCCAUAUAUCUUGCAAGUGCAAAAUGCCCAAGUUCAUCGGUGUUUUGGAAGCGGAAGGGAAGGUGAAUUCGCCGCUGGGAUGUGGUCAAGUGGAGGCGUCGCUUCGAAAUUUGGACCGACGUAUCAGCAGGGGAAAGUUAUUGCAGGACGAAAGAGGGAUCGCGGAACACGAACAAGGAAGACUCCAAGGAAGACUCCAAGGAGGACUCCAAGGAGGACUCGUCGAGCGGGAUGCGGAGCACAACAACAACAACAACUGCAACGGGGCGGACGCUCUCGAGUUCCUGAGGGGCACUCUGCUGGCUUCGACGUCUGAGAGCGGGAGGAAGAUCGCUCGAAUGCAGGGCGCCGCCGCCCAGGGUGUGCACGGUGACUACGCCGUCACGAAAGAGUCGCGAGGCGACAAAAGCGAGCAGGCGGUACAUGCCGGAGAGCGAAACGAGCCUCCCUCCACAGAAAUAACCGCUUCGGACUUUGGAGGAGUUGAAAGCUGUUUUCUAGACAUUAACUGUUACAAAUGUGACACCGCUGUUACUAGUGUGACUUUGGAGCCGACUUCGAGUGUCAAAGAUCACGUUUAUUGCGAUGUCUACUGCAUCGCCAACCAGCGCAACCUUGAAACUGUUACAACCGAGGCGAUUUCCGGGUCGUGUGAUGCGCUCGUUUUAUAUACGGCGGAGGACUUGGUGAACCCCGUGCGGGACUCGGCUCUUCUAAGCCGCCGCAGCCGGUCGUCGCAGCGGGCUGGUGGGGAUGCCGUCGCCGAAGCGCAACCCUGCCGGGUGUGUCUGGACGAAAAAACCAUCGCACCCUUGCCGUGUUGCCGGAAGUUGGUGUGUGACGAAUGUUUGACGCUGUACGUCACCUCCCAGGUCCAAUUGGGCAAGGCGCACGUGCGCUGUCCCAUUUCCGAGUGCAGCGGGAUGCUGGAGACGGCGGCGGUGGUCUCGCACCUGUCCGGCGAGGACCUGCUCAGGUACCGCUACUUCCUGGAGCUGAGUCAGCUGGACGCCGGGACCAAGCCCUGCCCCCGCUGCAGACACUUCACGUCGCUCGGCCACCCCGGCCCCGUGCGCUCCGAGCUCAAAUACAAGGUCCAGUGCGGCAGCUGCCAGUUUGUGUGGUGCUUCAAGUGCCACGCGCCCUGGCACCAGGGCAUCAAGUGCCGUGACUACCGCAAGGGGGACAAGCAGCUCAAGAGCUGGGCCUGCGUCAUUGAGCGUGGGCAACGCAACGCGCAAAAGUGCCCCAAGUGCAAGAUCCACAUCCAGCGCACGGAAGGAUGUGACCACAUGGUCUGCACGCAGUGCAACACCAACUUUUGUUACCGCUGCGGCGAGCGAUACCGGCAACUCAGGUAUUUUGGGGAUCACACGUCCAACCUCAGUGUGUUUGGCUGCAAGUAUCGCUACCUGCCAGACAAGCCGCAUCUCAGACGCUUGAUCCGAGGCUCCGUCUGCGGCGCAAAGGUGCUGUUGGCCCCGGUGGUUCUCUUACUGGUGCUGGUCGUGGCGGCCGUGGCGCUCGUCCUAGUUGUUGCCUUGUGCCGCAGGCGUGCUGGGCUACCCAUUCUACUACGUGUGCAAAAAGAGGAAGAAGCGGCCCUCUCUGGGCUCCUGGCGUCUUUGACACCCAAGGCCGUGAGACCUGCUCAGGGACCGCGUGCGGGAGACGUCCCCACCCCCGGCCGGCCUCGUCCAAUUGGCGCACGAGGCUUAGGUGGUUGGGGUGGGGGUGCAUGGCCGGGGCGCCAACUGAGCGACCGACCGACGCACGGACCUGACCAUCGUGUCUUGAAGUGACACUCCCCUUCUCCCAUUGGGUAGCUGUAGUACUUGAAGCUGUUUAAUGCCACUUCAAGUGAACAUGAUGCACAAUGCUUCGCUUUAGCUUAAUGCUAACAAACAUAGCAAAAGCCCAUCGACAGGCUACCAGACAGCAUCGAAGCAGUCAAGCAACAGCUAUUUGAACACAAAACAGUAGGACAACGCAGACGUCACAUAUCAAGUAGUCUCAGGCAUAACUCACAAAGCAUACCUUUCAACCACAAUGGUGUUUCCUUCUUUACAAAACAGCACAGCACAGCACUGCAGUGCAGUGCAGUGCAGUGCAGUGCAGUGCAGUGCAGUGCAGUGCAGUGCAGUGCAGUGCAGUGCAGUGCAGUGCAGUGCAGUGCAGUGCGCCCAACCAAACUGGGCCCAGCUCGCUCGCUCAAAAUCACAUUACACGGCCUUCGCGUUCACGCUCAUCCGGCCGCAUUACUGGCGGAAGAGCUUGCUUCACAACCACCUGACGAGGUUAUAUUUAGACACAAAUACAGGUGCGCGAGCGAGGUGCGAAGCCGUGCACGCUGUCGGCGGGCGGUUGGCGACGACACGCCCGACGUGUGCUCUGUAAUUGUCCUUGGCAAACAGGAAGCCACUACAAAAUGACCCUUUAAACCUGCCCGCAAGUGACAGCCUCGCAAUGCUAUGGAGAAAAUAAAGUUGCAAUCAAAGUUGGACAAGAAAAGAUUGUAAAAUUGCAAUAUCAGGGGAAAGAAGUUAGCUUACUUGAAAAGCAUCACACUAUUGUGAAAAGAAAUGUUACCAUAUUAUCAAUAAAGUGCAAAAAGUCCA